AUGAGCAAUUCAACUUCCCCAAAUGCGGCAGCAGUUUUGGGGAACAUCGCUUACUGCUAUCUGCUGCCAUGUAUCUGUGCAAUAGGAAUCGUUGGAAAUAUCACUAACUUGAUGGUUCUUGCAUCGCGAAGGUUACGAGCUGUUUCUUAUAUGUAUUUGAGAGCAUUAGCAGUGGCAGAUCUGCUCUGUAUGCUGUUUGUACUGGUAUUUGUCUCAACUGAAUAUCUUGCAAAGAACGGUUCAACGAUCAAUCAAUACAAACUGUAUCAGGUUUAUCAAAGUCAUUUGAUGCUUACACUUAUCAACUGGGCUCUUGGAGCUGGAGUUUAUGUGGUUGUCGCGUUAUCACUGGAAAGAUAUAUUUCAAUUGUGUUCCCCAUGCAUUUCCGGACAUGGAAUAGCCCACAGAGAGCUACCCGAGCAAUCGUCAUUGCUUUCCUGAUCCCAGCUAUAUUUUAUGUGCCGUACGCUGUUACAAGAUACGAGGGAAAACAAAGAUUCGAUCCAAUUAAGAAUGUGACAAUUUACUCCAUGGAUGACCAUCCGAUUUACACCACUUUCUACUGGCAGAUUUACAAAUGGACUCGUGAAGCACUUCUGAGAUUCCUACCAAUCAUUAUUCUGACGGUUUUGAAUAUCCAGAUUAUGAUUGCAUUUAGGAAACGGCAGAAAAUGUUCCAGCAGUUGACCAAGAGAAAGGAGCAAGGAACUCAAAAGGACGACACGCUUAUGUACAUGUUGGGUGGUACUGUACUUAUGUCUCUUGUUUGUAAUAUUCCAGCUGCUAUCAACCUAUUGCUUAUCGAUGAGACUCUGAAAAAACGACUGGAUUACCAAAUCUUCCGAGCUGUAGCCAAUCUCCUGGAAAUCACCAAUCACGCCUCUCAAUUCUACGUUUUCUGUGCUUGCUCAACCGACUAUCGUACCACUUUCCUACAGAAAUUCCCAUGUUUCAAGACGGAGUAUGCCAACCGUGAUCGACUCCGCUCAUUCGUCCGACGUACACAAUCUGUGAUUCAGAAACAAGGAAGUGUGGAGCACACGACGAAUUCAAAGGUUUGGAUUCUGUUUAAGAGCAAGUUCCAACGCGACUCCCUGUCUCAUCAUUCCCGAAAGUUCUCCCGUCACAUGCCCAUCGAACAGGAUACUGUAGAUAUUCAACUUGCUUCCGGAGAGCAGAGCACAAGCGGAGAGACCUGUGAAGCCGACACUCUUAUCAAGUACGGGGGAUCCAUUCAGUUGUGCAAUGACGAGAAUAAUACCACAUUCUUGUGA